AUGUGAUCUCUCCUUUCGUCUGGUAGAACAGGAAACGCGUCACACAAUAGCUUUCCUUCUACGUUUUGAUUCAAUAAUAAACUGGUUUCUUUAUUAAGAACACUGUUGAGAAUAAAAUUGUAGCGGCUCAGAAAGCACAUUAUACUUUUAAAAAUAUCUAUUGGUGACCGUCUUCAAAGCGCUGCUUGUUGUUUGUGUGCGUUGGUAGAGCUCGAGUUUGUGCCUGUGAAGUCCUGGUACGGUUUUAUUUUCACGUUGAGUAGGUCACAGCUCCAUGUUGGCAGGAUGACUACCACAAUAGUUCAUGAUACUACUGAAGCUGUUAAACUGUGUGCAUCUCAAGGUUUGUACCUGAAACCCAUUGCUAAGAUGACAGUGAGUGUAGCCCUCCCCCAGCUCAAACAGCCAGGGAAGUCAAUUUCCAACUGGGAAGUGAUGGAAAGACUUAAAGCAAUGGUGCAUCCUGACCAGUUCUCUGUCCUUCGCAUCUCAAAGAGCACUAUGGAGUUCAUUCGGUUUGACGGCGAAGUUGAAAACAAGGGCAUAGUAAAAAAGAUUUUAUCAAAGCUAGAUGGAAAGACGAUAAAGCUCAGUGGUUUCAGUGACAUAUUAAAAGUCAGAGCAGCCGAGUAUAAAAUGGAGUUCCCUACCCGACAUGACUGGGAUGCUUUCUUUCGUGAUGCCAAAGACAUGAAUGAGACUCUCCCUGGCGAGAGGCCAGACACCAUUCAUUUGGAAGGACUGCCUUGCAAGUGGUUUGCUGCGAAAGACUCUAACUCUGAAAAGCCCUGCGAGUCCAUCCUGAAAACAGUGUUUGAAACAUUUGGAAAGAUCCGCAAUGUGGACAUUCCAAUGCUCGACCCAUACAGAGAGGAUAUGAUGGACAAGAAUUUUCACACCUUUAGCUUUGGGGGUCACUUGAACUUUGAGGGUUAUGUGCAGUACCAAGAGUACAUAGGGUUUGUUAAGGCGAUGGAUGCGCUCAGGGGAAUGAAGCUGAUGUUCAGCGGAGAAGAUGGAAAGGCAGUAGCGUGUAACAUUAAGGUCUUGUUUGAUACCACCAAGCAUCUGAGUGAAACUGCAAUCAGAAAACGGCAGCUUGAGAGGCAGAAGCUUCAAGAGCUUGAACGUCAGCGAGAAGAAAACAAACGCAAGGAGAAAGAGGAAGAGGAGAGACUGAAGGAAGAAGAAAGGAAGCAGAAGGAGCAGGAAGAGGAGGAAAAGGAGAGAAAGCGGGAGGAGAAGGUGCACAAGAGGGAGCAGAAACAGAGAGAGCGAGAGGAGAAGAAGAACAUGAAGAAGUUUAAAAAGGUGCAAGCAGAGGAGCAGAAAAAACUGCACCAAAAGAUUGUCUUCGAAGAAAGGAAACUUCUGCUGGCCAAGAGAAACCUGGAGUCUAUCCGGCUGAUUGCAGAGUUACUCAGCAGAGCAAAGGCUAUGAAACAGCAGGAGAUGGAGAAGCAGAAAGUGGAAAAGGCAAGGCUCCAGCUACUGGAGGAGAAGCGGAGGCAGCAGGAGGCCGAGCUGCGGCGUGUUGAGGAGGAGAAAUCUCGGGCUCUGGAGCUUCAGAGGAGAGAGAAAGAGCUCCGGGAGAAACUGCUAGGCAACCUUCUGAAGAAGAACACUGGGGGAAGAUCUGAGGACAAGGAGGAGCCCAGAGCAGCCCAGCAGCUCAGAUCAAUAGUAAACAUCAGCGGGAUUCACUCCGGUUCAGAACAGUCUACACCAGGUCAACACAACAGUCCAGCUCUUCAUGACACCAAAGCAAAUGGAACAUCAGAUAGGAGUACAGUAAAUGGGAUCGCAGUAGACUUCAGUAACACUGUUGGAGGGGAUAUUUUGAAGUCAAACUCUGCCACCAGGUCACACUCCCAUGGUUCUGAUGACGGACGCUGGCGUAAGAGCAGCUCCAGGAGACAUUCCAGCCGGGAGCGGAGUAGACACCAAGACUCUAGCAAUGACCGGAGUUGGAGGCCCAGAAAAUCCAGCGAUGAGAACCGGCAGAAUCGCAGGGACAGGAGAGACUCAGGCAACGAUGACAGCCGGCACCAGAGGGGCAGGAGCCGACAUUACAAAGAUUCAAGCCGGGAGCGCAGCCAGCAUCGCAGACACAGCAGACACAGCAGACACAGCUUAAGCAGUGAGAGAAAUCGGCAACAUAAAGGAAGACCCAGCCGCCACAGAGGUGGAAGCUGGGAUUAAUGAGCAAGAUAAAUGAAGAGCAUAGCUUUUACUGGAGGGUAGAGGAAGCUGGCAUAAGAGACAUUAAAUUUAAAGUAAUUGUUAGAAAUAUGACUUUUAAGUGAAAUAAUGAGCCUUUUAAUUUUUGGAAGGACAGUUUCCCCUGUAGUUGAACUAAAUUGGGUAUUGAGGUAUUAUGGGUGGCGGAGGAAGAGUCCGGUCUGAAAUCUGCACUACAGUAUAGACAUUAAUAAUGUGGGAAAGUAAGAAAAUAUAUACAAGCGAUGGAAAUAAAUGGAUGUUGUUGUUGUUUUUUUUUUUUAAUCUGUCUAAAUUGACCAGCAGUACAAAGACUAAUUAUAUUGCCGGUAAAAAUCCAAUACAAGCACAAGAAUUGACUCCCAUUUACUACUGUAUUGGCAGUCCUUGGCAUGUAGGCACACAUGUUGUUCUGGCAAACCUUUCUGCUUGAAGCACAUCUGCUUGAUUCAUCAUUUAAUAGAAGUAAGUCCUUAAUGCAGCCAGUGGGUACACAUAGAAGUAUCAGAAAGCUAGAAAUGAUGAAGCUACCAGUGUAGAAAAAAAAAAAAAAAAAAACUUACUGUUGUAAUGUAUACAUGCUGUUUCAUGGAUUUGAGACUUGAAAUCUCAUAUCGGAUCUUCAGGAGGAUGCUGCUAAAGUAAAUUUACUGUCAGACCAUGGCUGUAGUUGUUAUUUCAGUAGUAUAAAGACCAAUUGUUUUGAAACCUUUUUUUAUUUGUAUUUUUUUAACACACCUCUGCAUUGAGUUUGCAGUUCAGGGGUCUUUAUAAUGAAAGCACACCUCUGCUUGCUAGAACCUAACUAACCCAUAAUCUCUUUUAUAUCUGAGUUCAUCCAGAAUGUGCUCCCUAAUCUACCAACUAUUGAAAAAGCGCUUGAAGAAAAUGUUACAGAGUUCUGAAGUGUUUUAUUUUGUCUGUUGCAUGUAAUACAGUAUGUGUUGCAUCAGUCUACUAGAAAUAUGCAAUGUAAGAAGAUCUCAGUGUUGGAAUAAAAAUGUGGUAAUCUGUUUAAAAAAAAAAAUUAAAAAGUUUGGCUCUUCCAUA